AUGCGAUUGCAUUCCGUCUUUCUCAGCCUGCUGGCACUGGCUGUUGCCAGAGUGUACAGCACUGCUCUGACAUAUAAACUUGCCGCCAACGAGAAGGCCUGUUUCUUCAGCAAUGUCGAGCGACCAGGUGCCAAAGUCGCCUUCUAUUUCGCAGUUCAAUCCGGCGGCUCGUUCGAUAUCGACUACGAGGUGUAUGGGCCCAAUGACAGAAAAAUAAUGAGCGGAGAAAAGGAGAGACAGGGAGACUUUGUCUUUACUGCGCAGACUGCGGGCGAGUACCGUGUCUGCUUCAACAAUGAGAUGUCGACGUUCGCAGACAAGAUGGUCGAUUUUGAGGUUGCUGUCGAAGACGAAUCCAAAUCCGCCCUCCUCCCACAAAAAGCCGGCUCGACACCCGAACAGACCUCUGCACUGGAAGAUUUGGUUUUCAAGAUUAGUGGACAGCUGAGUACAGUCAGCAGAAUGCAAAAGUACUUCCGUACGAGAGAGAACCGCAACUUCAGCACUGUCAGGAGUACGGAACAGCGCAUCUUCAAUUUCAGUCUGAUCGAGGUCUGUAUGAUGGUCGGCAUGGCUGGACUACAGGUAUUGGUGGUCAGGUUUUUCUUCCAGGGAGCGAGGAAAGGUGAGUUAUUGCUCGUUGACUUGACACGGCAAAGCGACUAA